AUGGCUUCUCACAAGUCUGCAGAGGUUCAUGCCAGGGGGGACCGAGAAAAGAACGCGACGACAGCGGAUGUGCAGGACAUGCAACGGAUGGGGAAGACGCAAGAGACACGGCGAAACUUCCGUUCCUUUACCAUCUUGGGAUUCUGCAUAGUUCUCCUAUCGACAUGGGAGGCCAUCCUGGCUACAUCUGUCUUUGCGCUAUCUAACGGUGGAACUGCCGGCCUGAUUUGGGGAUAUCUCAUCGUCAUGGUUGGAUUUGGUUUCGUAGUCGCCUCUCUCGCUGAAAUGGCAUCUAUGGCGCCCACGUCUGGCGGCCAAUACCACUGGGUAUCCGAGUUUGCGCCGCCCAGCUGCCAGAGAUUUCUGAGCUAUCUGGUAGGCUGGCUAGGUGUCCUAGGCUGGCAGACAGCAGCAGCAACCGUCUCGUAUCUGGCUGGCAAGCAAAUUCAAGGCCUCAUCAUCUUGAAUAACCCGGCAUACAACCCAAAAGCUUGGCAUGGCACACUACUUAUCUGGGCUAUUCUGGCUGUAUGCCUAAUCUUCAACACAUUUCUCUCUAGAUAUCUACCCCUUGUGGAGGGUGGGGUUGUCAUACUACACGUCGUUGGGUUCUUCGCUGUCAUCAUACCACUUUGGGUCAUGAGCGACCGGACGCACUCGUCGAGCGAGGUUUUCUCGGUCUUCCAGGAUAACAUGAUGUGGGGAAAUCUCCCGUUCGCAGUCAUUCUUGGCCUUACAAGUGCUACUAGCACAUUCGUCGGCGUCGAAGCUGGUGCUCACAUGGCAGAAGAAGUACGUGACGCUGCUCAUGUCAUUCCUCGCGCCAUGAUGUGGACUUGGCUUGGAAACGGGCUUCUUGGAUGGGUCAUGGCCAUCACCUUCUGCUUCUGUGUGACCGACACUAUCUCCGUCCUUACUACGCCGCUUGGAACGCCCUUCAUUCAGGUAUUCGUGGACACAACGAAGUCGGUAGGGGGCGCAACUGCACUUACAGUUUUGAUGUUGGCUAUCGCUAUCUUCGCGUGCGCUGCAGUUGUGGCUGCAAGCUCGCGUCAGGUGUUCGCUUUCGCCCGCGAUGACGGUAUUCCGUUUGGACAAGUUUUCAGCAAGGUCUCGCCUAAGCGGGAAGUACCAGUUAAUUCUGCCUACAUAACGCUGGUGUUCGUUGUUAUCCUCUCAUUCAUCAAUCUUGGCUCCACUGUCGCGUUCAUGCAGGUCGUCUCCCUCGGUGUCGCUUCAAUGCUGACCUCGUACAUGAUCUCGAUCUCAUGUAUCGCAUUGAAACGUAUACGCGGCGAACCGCUUUUGCCAUCCAAGUUCGAUCUGGGAAGGCUAGGACUGCCGAUCAACAUCAUUGCUGUCCUCUUUCUCUUCUUCGCUUGGAUAUUUUGCUUCUUCCCUGUUGGACCCCGACCGACGGUAGCAGACAUGAACUGGGCCGUCUUGGGAUAUGGUAUAGUCGUCUUGUUCGCAAUCUUCUACUAUGUUCUUCGUGGUCGACAUGUGUAUGCAGGGCCAGUCAAGUACGUUCGAAACGUGUGA